GUCACCUCGCCUGUUGUCCGGGCCGCCUGUCUGCCGCCGCCGCUCGGCUCGGAGUCCCGGGGAUGCUGCUGCUGCUGCAAGGAUGGAGUUGAACCACAAAAACAACAAAGUGUCGGACAGAGUUUGAGACAAAGGGAAGGGGGUUAGCGUUAGUUCUCCAACGAAACUGAAGGCUGGAUGGAUUGUUUGUUGAAACUAAUAUAGGAGGAAAUUAAAAGAAUCGGAUUGAAAAUGAAGCUGCUGAAGCCGAGCUGGGUGAGCCACAACGGCAAACCCAUAUUUUCUGUUGACAUCCACCCUGAUGGGACAAAGUUUGCAACCGGUGGACAGGGAGAGGAUUCUGGCAAGGUGAUGAUUUGGAACAUGGCGCCAGUCCUCCGAGAGGAAGAUGAGAAGAAUGAGAAUAUUCCCAAAAUGCUUUGCCAGAUGGACAAUCACUUAGCGUGUGUGAACUGUGUGCGCUGGUCCAACAAUGGGUUGUACCUGGCAUCAGGAGGAGACGACAAGCUGGUCAUGGUGUGGAAGAGAGCUGCAUUCAUCGGCCCAAGCACGGUUUUCGGGUCAAGCAGUAAGCUGGCCAACGUGGAGCAGUGGAGGUGUGUCACAAUCCUGAGGAACCACACUGGAGAUGUGAUGGACGUGGCGUGGUCUCCUCAUGACGUGUGGCUGGCCUCCUGCAGCGUGGACAACACUAUUGUCAUCUGGAACGCUCGCAAAUUUCCAGAGAUGGUGACUUGUCUGCGAGGACACACUGGAUUGGUUAAAGGUCUGACGUGGGAUCCAGUGGGGAAGUACAUUGCCUCCCAGGCUGAUGACCACAGCCUCAAAGUGUGGAGAACAGUGGACUGGCAAAUGGAUGCCAACAUCACCAAACCCUUCAGUGAGUGCGGCGGCACGACCCACGUCCUGCGUCUGUCCUGGUCUCCAGAUGGUCAGUAUCUGGUGUCAGCUCAUGCCAUGAACAAUUCCGGUCCCACCGCUCAGAUCGUGGAGAGAGACGGCUGGAAGACUAAUAUGGACUUUGUGGGCCACCGUAAAGCGGUCACUGUGGUGAAAUUCAACCCAAAGAUCUUUAAGAAGAAGCAGAAAAACGGCAGCUCUCCAAAACCAGGCUGUCCGUACUGCUGCUGCGCUGUCGGCAGCAAAGACCGAUCACUCUCUGUCUGGCUGACCUCUCUGAAGCGCCCCCUAGUGGUCAUCCACGAUCUGUUUGAUAAAUCAAUUAUGGACAUUUCCUGGACUUUGACAGGUCUGGGGAUGUUGGUGUGUUCGAUGGACGGCACUGUAGCCUACCUGGACUUCUCACUUGAUGAACUGGGAGACCCGCUGAGUGAGGAGGAGAAGAACAGCAUCCAUCAGAACAUCUACGGUAAGAGUCUGGCUAUAACCAGCACCGAGGCUCAGCUUUCCACCACCAUCAUCGAGAACCCUGAGAUGCUCAAAUACCAGCAGGAGCGACAGAACUCGGCCCAGACCAACAUAGGACCGGGCUGUGCCGGGCCCGAAUCUUCAGCCCCCAAACUCAACAGUGUGAUGAACGGAGAGUCUCUGGAGGACAUCAGGAAGAACCUUCUGAAGAAGCAGGUGGAGACAAGAACUGCAGAUGGCAGAAGACGAAUCACACCGCUCUGUAUCGCUCAACUGGACACUGGGGAUUUCUCUCCAGCUCUGUUCAACAGCGCUCCCAUCCUGCCCUCGGGCUCCUCCAUGUCCAACCAGCUCACCUCCCAGCUCAGCUCCGACUCCAGCCCAGGACAGGCUUCUUCUCUGGGGCUUAGGCCCAGCCACGACCCAAUGCUCACCUCGCCUCCAGCCAGCAGCAUCGCCAAAGGCCUGGAAGACAACAAGGACGGUGUGAAGCCGUGUCUGCUCCUCACUUCUGCCUCGAAGAUCGAGCCAAUGAAAGCUCUGGACUCCAGGUUCACAGAGAGGUCAAAGGCCACACCAGGGGUCACAGCCGCCAUCUCCUCCACCGCUGGACUCACACCACUAGACAGCAGGCCAAAAGAUGGCAUCUCCGCCCUAAAAGACAUAAAAUCCAAAGAAGACACCAGCAGCGACAGCGAGGACAAGAUGGCCACUAUAAACAAAAACCUGUCGUUCAGCAAGAGGAAACCCGAGCUGCUGAUGGACGGAGGAGAGGUGGUGGAGAAGAGGAAGAAGGGACGGCCCAGGAAAGAGAAGAUGGCUGCUCCCAUCGCCCAACCCUUCACUCAGAUAACUCCUCCAGCAGAGCGGGAGCCCAGCAGGGUGGCAGCUCCUCCAGCUCCUGUAGCUGCUCUCAAACUACCAACGCCAAGUAUAAAGAAAGCCUUCAGUCUGCAGGUGAGCAUGGAGCCGUCGGUGUUCCUGGAGGUGGAGAACGAGGUGUCUGUAGUUGCAGGUUCGAAGCUCAGCCAGCUGCGAUGCUCCAGAGACGGACGAGACUGGAACACACUGCUGCCCAGCUCAGUGGUCACUGCAGCAGGGAGCAGUGAUGUCCUUGCAGUCGCCUGUCAGGACAGGAUGUUGUCAGUGUUCUCUUCCUGUGGGCGGCGGCUCCUUCCAGCCAUCCAGCUGGCCACACCUGUCUCAGCUGUGCACUGCUCCUCACACUUCGUCAUGGUUCUGACUGCUGGUGCAACGCUGUCCGUCUGGGAUGUUCAGAAACAAAAGGCUCUGGUGAAGAACGAGUCUCUACUGACCAUUUUAUCUGGUGCUGACAGCACAGUAUCUCAGUCUCUGCUGACUCAGCAGGGAGUUCCAGUCAUUGGACUGUCCAAUGGGAAGUCUUACUGCUUCAGCUCCUCACUGGAGACAUGGACUCUGAUAGCUGAUAAAGGGGACUCUCUGGUCCAGUGUGCUGACUUCAGGAGCUGCUUAUCUACCCACGAUGCACCUGCAUCCUCAGGGCCGUUGGCAGUCAUGCAGGGACGCAAUCUCAAUGCUGGUCGUCUGGCAUCCCGCCUCUCGUCCACCCCUCACCACCUGCAGCAGAGCAUGACGCUGGCCUUCCUGGAGAAUCAGCUGGCAUCUGCUCUGACUCUGCAGUCAGCGCAGGAGUAUCGCUACUGGCUGCUCAUCUACGCCCGUUUCCUCGUCAACGAAGGCUCAGAGUAUCGUCUCAGAGAACUCUGUAAGGAGCUGCUGGGUCCAGUCCACAAAUCUGCGUCUACAGCCUGGGAGCCCACCACUCUGGGUCUACGUAAGCGGGAGUUGCUGCGGGAGGUUUUACCUGUCAUUGUUGAGAACCUGCGAUUCCAGAGACUGUUCACCGAAUACCAGGACCAGCUGGAGCUGCUGCGCAACAAAUAACACACACACUGCUAUACACAGACAUGCACAGACUGACACAAACACACACUUGGACUCAUCAUGAAACCGGUUUGGUUCGUCCCGGCUCCGCUCGGUUCCGGUAAACUUUUGACUGCUUUCCUCCACUUGGGAAGCUUGAAACGCUGUUCUGGCUGGAAAAACCAGAGUGUUUUGUGAGAACUUUAAUAAGAGCCAGUUCACAGCCUUUCAAGCGCUGGGACGUCUCAGUGCUGUUGCUCACUGGAGAGAAGUGGGUGCUUAGUGUUUUUUUUUUUUUUUUUGUUGUUUUUUUAAUCACAAUUUCAGUUUGAACUUUUUGUCUUUUGUCUUUUCUUUCUUGCUUAAUGUGUUUUUUCCUGACCUAUGCACCUCUCUCCUGCACUCCUAAUCAUGAACUUAAAAAGAUUAACUUAAGAGAGACUGUGAUAGAUAGGUUGCAGGUUUGAUCCCUGCCACGUGCAGCAUCAGCAGCUGUGUGUCCUGUUAAAUCGCUCUCAAGCCUGUUUCCCUCCUCAGAGAGAGAGAGAGAGCAGAGGUGAGACGUUCAUAAAGGAAAAAUAGGAAUCAGAAUGGAUGUAAAGGAGCAAUAUGCUUGUACCAAAGUGAUGCCUUUAAUUGUAGAAAUAACCACACACCUGUAUCUGCAAGGAAAUGAAGGGCAUCCAGACAAAGGUUCAACCGGGUUUUAAAGGCUGAUAUUUCUUGACUCAGUCUGCCAAGAGGUGAAGUUUUGAGUAUAUUGGCUGUCUUUAAAAGUGACAAUGCUAAUACCAAAAUGUAAAGUCGCAGCGAAAAAAGAUUUAUUACAUUUAGAUCAUCGCUGGAAAUCAAAUUUACAUAAUGAAAUACAAGAUGGACUUCUGGGAAACGGAGUCAGAAGGGAUCUCAGAUAUUUAAGUGAAGAAAUAAAGUUUGCCUUUAGUCACUUUGUAGCUUAUUCUAACCAUACACAAGUCAAAGAGCACUUAAAGCAACUCAGAUGUGAGAAGAUGUAACGGAAGCACAACAGCUGAAUUUGUAUUGUUACUGCAGUAAAAAAGAAACUGGCAAUUCAGUCUGAUUAUCAGGUUGUGGCAACGCAGGAAUCUCUUGUAGAUGUGUGGUAGUGUGGAUUAAUCACAUCUUUGAUCUGCAACUGUUUGAGACAUCAGUGCAAGCUGUCGAUGCUAGCUGCCAUUUUUAAACAACAGUUUGAAGUCAUGUCAGCUAGUGUUCUACACAACGCAUCCAUUUUUUACCUAAACUUCGUCAUCGCCUCUAAAAUCAAGAUAAUCAAAUAACUUGCCAACCAAGGAUUUAACAUAUUGAGUGUGCUUAAUAAAUCACAUUUACAAUGUGCUGGAUAAGUGGAUUUAGAACCAAACUCAUUUUUCAGGCAGAUCUUAACCUUUAUCAUGACAACUCAGAUUAUAUCAUAUUUACUGUAGACCUUAUUGUUGCCUCCUCCUGCCUGUCUGUCUGCGGGUGUUUAGCAAGAGAACACAGAAAGACAGGAAAACAGAAUUAUGUUCUUCUACAUACACAAAACCUAAACAUAUAAUCCUCUGAUCUGCAGGUUUUUCUGAGACUUUUUGAACCUCUUUUACUAUAAACUCGUGUCACAGUCACAUUCAAACUAAUUGAUUGUAAAUAUCAGUAGCUUGAGUUUGAGGAAAAUGUGCUGUCAGCUUUCCUGAGCUCCUGUAUGUCAUACUCAUUAAAUCUUCAAGGUAUAUAUGUAUCAAACAGGCCUCUGAGGUAAUCAAAGACACAGUUUUUUAUGUGUUAUAGUUUCACAGACACUAUCAACUCUGCUCACCACAUCCAGUGCAGCUUUUUUACUCAUUCAAUCCAACAAAAAUGGUUUGUCAGUUAUCUGUGAUUGUAGGAUUGUCUUAUUGUUCUUGAAAUUGUGUAAACGUUUCAUCAGAUCAGGUUGUGAUCAGAGAGGGCCAGUGGAGAAAUGAGAUAUAUAUAUCUCUAUAUAUAUAUAUUAUUUGGUCUGUUUCACUUAUUUUCUUGUUUGUAAAUAACCACAUUCUCUUUACUUUAUAUCUGUUGCCAGGCAAAAACCACUGCAAAAACAACAGUUUUGCAGGACUGAGAGGGGAAAUGUUUUUGUCUGACAUCCAUUAACUUGACAUUUUAAUAGGUUUUAAAGGCCUAAAGGUCAUGAAACCCAACACUUCAAUGAACAUCAAGAAAAAGUAUUUCUUUAUCCUUUCUGUCUACAGCAGCAGUAAUGCACUCCUCUGCCAAUCCAGUGUGUGUGUAUGUAAAUGGAGAGUUUGAGCUUAGAAAGCUUGUUUACUGCUGUAAUUCACUGCACAGUGUGGAGAGCAGUGCUGAGGCCGACACAGGCAAGUCCAGAGGAAGAAUUAAUCCUCUUUCUUUACUAAUCUGUACAGAGUUUCUUUCUGUUUAUUUCUUUUUUGUUUGUUUGGGUUUGGUUUUUUUCCCGCUGUUAGUCAUUUUUAAAUGUUUGUACAAGGCAAUUUUUGUUUCCAUUUUCUAUAAGAAAAAAGAAAAAAAAUGAGCGGAGACGAGCUGAAAUUUUGCUUUUGAAGAAAGUGAAAAAUAAACAAAUGAGAAGUAA